AAUCAAACAACGAUUACAAAAACAAAUUACUAAGUCUAUAAAAAAUUACAAAUAUUUAUUUCAAAGGUAAAACAAAACCUAUCUUUGCAUUUUACCGGGACAAUAUGGUCCUAUGAAGUGUUAUUAAUUAUUUUAUGUGACAAUUAAGAACAAAAUGUACUAGAUAAUUACAUUAAAAAUGAACAGUUAUUUAAACGUAAUAAAUAUUUUCACCUACUGACGAUUAUGCUGCAUGCUUUUGUACCUUUAUUGGGAUAAUGCAUGUACAAAAUUCAUCAUUUGUUUGAUUAAUUCGAGGACAAUCCAAUGCCUAAACUAUCAUUAAGGAAUAGGCUUUUACACUUACGCAUAAGCACUUAUGCUGUAGUUGUACUAAGCCUCAUAGCAGUCGAACGGCUCUUCACAAGCUGUAGCAUUUAUGAUUAUAACUCAGUGCCGCGGGAACAGCUAACAGAUGCUAUUUAUACUGCUACUGUUCCUUUAACUAAGGCCAAAUUAUCCCAACCACACUGCCCAUAUGACCACAUACUUCAGGACAAGAACAGAAUUCAAAAUUGGGAAGUUCCUAGAAGUUCCAAGGAAAUUGGAAAUUUCUCUGCACAGGGUAUAGUGGAUGGGAGUUUUAUGCCUGAGAAUUGUCAGCCGAUGUUUAGUGUGGCGAUACUAGUCACCUAUAGGAACAGACAGCGGCACUUAGAUGUAUUUCUGCCAUAUAUGCAUAAUUUUUUGAGAAAGCAAAAUAUACAUUAUAAGAUAUAUCUCAUAGAGCAAUUAGACGAGAAACCCUGGAACAAAGGCGUGCUCUACAACAUCGGCGCCAAAUAUGCAAUAGCGGACAAGUUCCCGUGCCUGGUGCUGCACGACGUGGACCUGCUGCCGCUGGACGCCGCCAACCUGUACGUGUGCAUGGCGCAGCCCCGCCACGUGAGCGCCAGCAUCGACAAGUUCCGAUUUGUGCUCAUAUACGACUGGCUCGUGGGCGGGGUGAUGGCGAUCCGCUCCGAUCAAUACAUCAGUAUCAAUGGAUUUUCGAACAGUUUUCAAAAUUGGGGCGGUGAGGAUGACGACUUAGCUGACAGGAUACUGUCUAACAAUCUUGACAUUUUAAGAUUCCCCCGGGACAUGUCUGAAUACACAAUGCUGACUCACAGCCACGAGCCCGUGAACAGCGCUCGGGAGUCUGUCAUGCAGGAGAACAAAAUGCUCGGCCACAAGGACGGCAUGAACUCCGUCAAGUACGACUCUGUCCAGGUGAAGGCACAGCGGUUGUGCACGUGGAUUGGCGUUAAGUUAUAGCUUUAUUCAUUUUACAUACAGGCAGCACUGACCACUAUAAGGUGUUCUGGACUUCAUAUAGGCCAUGUAAAAAUGACUGCCCUAUAAUACGAGUAUUUUUGUCAUAUUGUCGCUAGUUAUGCUAUAUUGACGUGAGUGUACUUGGAACUUCUUGUUGAACACUAUUCAGCUUACUUCUUUGAUAACGAAAUUCAUUCCCAUACUCCAUUGGUUAAUAUUAAAAUGUCACAGCACGACGGCGACUUGCAUAAAAUCCGCUGUCUUUUCGUAUACAUGGUAUAUUUAAGUAUUUGACAUGCAGCUACAUAUUUGACAUUUCGCUUAGAUACUGGAGCAGGAGAACUAGUCAUAAUAUGAAGGGAAACAGGUGCUCGUAGUAAUAAUUUAAGAGGUUCAUUAGUGAAGCAUGAUGGUGGUUGUUCAGUAAUAUACAUUAGAUAAGAUGUGGUGAUUAGGUGUAUUUCUAGUAGGUAUUUUCUAGUUACGCUUUCAGAUCGAAAUAUCAAAUUAUGUAAAUGUUACUUACAAAAUUAGUACUUUAAUUACGUACAUCAUUUUUGUACACUAAAAUUUAGAAAUUUAUUUUUACAACCUGCUUAUUUUAGUGUAUUUUGUACCUUUUUAAUUUUUUAUUUUAUUUUAAGGAGUGUGAUAUGUCUUUCUAAAGAUCUAUUUAUUAUGAACUUUUAAUUUAUUUUUACAUUUUAAGACAAUUAAUUACUGUAUUAGAUAAGGAUAAGAACUUAAUUAUUAAGGAAUUAUUUAUUAAAAUCAAAUGCUUUUGCAAGGUAAUAUAGGUGGUUGAUUAUGCA